AGAAGUGUGUGGUAUUCGCCGUGUCGUCACGGGUGUUUUUAUUAUUGCAUUUCACGGGAAAAUCUCACUGAAAAUCGCCAAUAAACCACUCUAAUUUGUAAAGUGUAUCCCAAUAUUCGUACUGAUAGCGUGAGUGACCCGCAAGACUGCCUAGGUGUAGGGUAAAGUGGCGCAGAAAAGUGAACCCGAGCGAGAUGCAAUCUCCAGUGUGAAUUAAUAUGGCCGCGUUGUUGACAUACAAGAGCUAUUUUUGCUUGCGCUAAUUAAUUGCAUUUAUUGGAUUAAUUGGGAGUGAUGUAAACAAAUUGUGGCCACAGAACACGUGAGUAUAGAUUAAGGCGACUGUAGAGGAAAAUUCCGAGAAACACAAUGGAACUGUCAAAGAGACCAAUCGAUGGCGGAAACAAAGAGCUGCUGAGCUGUUUGUAAAUCGCGGUGCGGCAACUUCAUCCCCAUUUCUUCAAAUUCCAGUGAACGGGAUCAGGUGGUCAUCGGCAGGGGCGGAGGAAGUGGCAAGGCUCUUUGGUAUCCGGAUGUGUCUAAGCCACUUGGAGAGCUGAUAGGGAAUCGACAGUAUUGAGCAGAAUGACGUCCGUCCUGCCCCAGUGUCUCAUCGUGACUGUCUGGUCAAUUUUUGUACUCAUCACGCACGCCAGAUCACAGCUCCUCAGUCAGGACAUUGCUGCCCAGUACAGCCUCCCACCGAAUGCCAGCUAUUUCACGCACCUCUCCUACGACAGAAGGCGAUCCGUGCUGUAUGCCGGCGCCACAAAUCGCAUCUUUCAAUUCACCCGCAACCUUGGUCUCCAAGGAGAGUCCGUGACGGGCCCCAAGCUCGACAGCCCGCAGUGUCACACGGGAGGAUGUCCCGAUGAUGUUGAGACUGUGGAAACGAACAACCACAACAAAAUUCUAAUUGUUAAUGAGGUGGGUGACUCUCUGAUAGCAUGCGGAAGUGUCCGACAGGGCGCCUGUGAGAUCUACAAUCUCAAGAGUUUCCCAUCUUCGCGGGAGGAUAUUGAAAUCCCACUGGCGGCGAAUGAGGAGUACGCGUCCACAUUCGCCUUUAUUGGCCCAUCGAGGUACACGUCGUGGAAGAAGGAGGACAUCCUCUAUGUGGGCACCACAUUCACCAAUGUCGGGGACUAUCGGCAUGACGUCCCCGCAAUUUCAUCUCGAAAACUCAAUGAUCUCAACUACGCGGAGUUCUCCAUUCAACAAUCAAACAUAAAUAUCGAUGUGAAAUACAGGGAUCACUUUCUCGUGAACUACGUGUACGGAUUCAACUCAUCAGAUUACGCGUACUUUGCCGUGGUGCAGAAGAAGAGCCACUUAGCGGAGGAGAAUGGUUUUAUCACACGUCUGGCGCGUAUUUGCGUCAAUGAUCCCAAUUACGACAGCUACACGGAGGUGUCGAUACUCUGCCGUGUAGAAGACGUCAAUUACAAUAUCUUGCGGGAUGCCAAGGUGACGGUGGCGGGACAGAGAUUGGCUCAGGAGAUGGGCAUCAAGAAGGACGACAGUGUUCUCGUGGCAGUGUUUUCACCAUCACGUGAAAUCACGAAUGAGCCACAAGACAACUCCGCAAUGUGCAUCUACAGCCUUAAAGAGAUUGAGGAGAUGUUCACGGAGAACAUCCACAUGUGCUUCAACGGGACGCUCAAGGAUCGAAAUCUGGGCUACAUCUCGGGCACGAUAAAUGACGGAAAGUGUCCGAUGGUGGGCUCAAUUGGUAAUGUGCACGAUUUCUGCUCCGUGGGCCUCAAGAUAAGUGGUGUGGCGCCCAUCACGGCGAGGGCUGUCUUUCACUUUCCCAAUGAAUCCAUUACAUCCAUCACGACGGCUAUUACAGGACCCCACACUGUGGCCUUCCUGGGCACCAUUGAUGGCUACAUAAAGAAAGUAUGGCUAUCCGGGCCCGUGGCGGGACAAUAUGAAAAGAUUGAGGUGGAUCAGGGUAGCAAAAUUCUCCCAGAUACGAUGGUAUCUCCGCGUCACGAUUUUCUCUACGUGCUCUCAUCGAAGAAGAUCACGAAGCUGCGAGUAGAGCAUUGUGGCAUUUACACGGAUUGUUCAAAGUGCCUGGAGUCCAGGGAUCCUUUCUGUGGCUGGUGCUCCUUGGAGAAGAGAUGCACAGUGAGGAGUGCCUGUCAAAAGGACACUUCAGCGUCACGAUGGCUUGCUCUUGGCAAUGGACAACAGUGCAUAGACUUUGAAAUGGUGCAGCCCGAGAAGAUUCCCAUUGAUGAGAUGACGACGGUUCACCUCACUAUCCGCACUCUUCCCGAGUUGCCGUUCAACGCCAAGUAUAAGUGCGUAUUCGGCAAUUCCACCCCAAUUGAUGCCAUCGUGACGGAGAGUGGCCUCAAGUGCCAGACGCCUCCGUACAAAUUUCGACCUCAAAUUGAACCACGUGAGGAUCACGUUCUCGUGCCGCUCAGUGUGAGAUCAUCAGAAACCAACAAGGAUUUUGUGUCUAGGAACUUUGCCUUCUUCGAUUGUUCACGUCAUGAAACAUGUAAGAGUUGCGUUAAGAGCGAAUGGGGGUGUAAUUGGUGCAUUUAUGAUAACGUCUGUGUGCAUAAUGCCACUACUUGUCGUACGGCCAUCACGAAUGCCGUGAUAAAGCAUGAGCUGGCGUGCCCCAGACUAAAACAGAGGCCGCGGAAUGAGACUAUCUACCUGCCCAUUCGCGUUGCCAAGGAGAUUCGGCUCGAGGUGGAGAACUUGCCACGCCCGCAGAGUGGUCACGUGGGAUUCACGUGCACGGUGACGAUUGAGGGGGCCAACAUGGGGCUGCCGGCACGUGUUGAAGCCAACAAGUACAUCGUGUGCGAGAAGACAGUGUAUUCUUAUGAGGCGAAGACCAACGAGUAUGUUGCCACAGUGGAGGUGAAAUGGAAUCGUGUGCAUCAUAUUGACACCACAAAGGUGAUUCUCUACAAAUGCGACGUCCUGGGAUCUCAUCGGGAGCAUGCAGACUGCAGCCUCUGUGUCACACGGAAUCCGAAGUACCAGUGCGCAUGGUGUGGAAACAAUUGUGUGUACAAUGAGACCUGCGAGUGGGGACAAGCCACAACGGAGUGCCCUAAGCCGAGAAUUGACAUCAUCAAGCCUCUGAGUGGACCAAUUGAAGGAGGCACACUCAUCACAAUCGAGGGUAGCAACUUGGGUGUCCGUCGAGAGGACGUUAUGGAUAAAAUCAGGAUAGGGGAUAUUCCGUGUGAACUUGUUAACUAUGAGAUUUCCGUGAAGAUUGAGUGUCGCACUGGGAGUGUAAGUUAUGAGCUCACGGCUCCUGUUAAGGUGGGAAAUGACGCUGGAUAUACAGAGUCGAGUGUCCAGUAUCACUACAAAGAUAUCCAAUUGCUGGGGCUCACGCCGACCAUUGGACCUCAAAGUGGCGGAACGAAAUUGUCCAUCAUUGGCAAGUACCUCAACAUUGGGUCCAGUAUUAUGGCAUAUCUCGAUGACUACGUGUGUGAGAUUAACAUCACACAAGCCUCGUCGAGUCGUCUCACGUGUGUCACUUCAGCUGCGCGAGGACAGGACCAUAUCAAAACCCUGACGCUGGUGAUUGACGGUGCCAAUCGAACUCUCGCUUGUCGAUCUAAUCGCAACUACGAUGAGGUUUGUAGUGUAUUUAACUACACUCAAGACCCACGAAUUAUGCAGAUCAAGCCUCUUAAAAGUUUCGUGAGUGGAGGACGAAUGGUCACCGUGCAUGGAACGAAUCUCGAUGCCAUCCAGAAGCCAGAGAUUGAGGUUUAUGCUAAUGAUGAGAGGGUGAAUAAGUCCACAUGUUUCGUGAUCAGUCCACAUCAAAUAGAGUGUCCCUCGCCGGCGGUUAAUGGAAAGUUCAACGCAUUGAAGAUGAGUGUGGCCACUUCAUCUGGAGGGAAUGGCACAAAGAGGCACAGAAGGAGCAAUACUGAAUCCCUUUUCACCACCGUUGGCUACUAUUCAUCGUCAGUGGUGCCGGGAAGUGGAGGAGAUGUGGCAGCAGCGCUUAAGAGGGAGACUCAAUUGAGUCUUCAGAUUCGCUUCGUGAUGGAUAAUGUUCAAUCGGUGAAGGAUCUCAAUAAGCAUUUCCCCAGCCUCAGGAGCACUCUGGUGUACGUCGAAGAUCCCAAAUUCCAUACAUUCCCCGCGAAUGGCGUGAAGCUCUACAAGGGUGAAAGUCUCGUGAUUGAGGGUGAUAAUCUCAAUAUAGCCAGCGAUGAGACUGAUGUGAAUGUCACUAUUGGGACUAUGCAGUGCAAUGUGACGAGUUUGGCACUAUUACAGCUUGUUUGUAUUCCUCCUGAGCAACAACCACUGGGCACGGAUGAGAGUGGCAUUGAGACGAACAAUGAUUUGCCAUUAGUAGUCGUGAGGGUGGGAAAAAGCCUUAGAUUCCCAAUUGGCUAUCUGAAAUACGAUUUGAUGAAGCCAUACGUUUUAUCUACAGCGAUGAUUGUCAUCACAAUAACUAUAUUGAUUGUGGUGAUUCUUCUAAUUAUUGUGCUUAUUGUGUAUCGGAGGAAAAGCACACAGGCUGAGAGGGAGUACAAGAGGAUUCAGAUUCAGAUGGACACUCUGGAGAGUAACGUGAGGAUGGAGUGUAAGCAAGCUUUCGCUGAGCUUCAGACAGAUAUGACGGAUAUUACGGCAGAUUUGGAAAAUGCCGGCAUUCCCACGUUGGAUCAUGUCAAUUAUAUAAUGAAAGUGUUCUUCCCUGGAGUAUCGGAUCAUCCCAUAUUGAAUGCUCCCAAGGUAAGGAUGAACACACCACACACAAAUUAUGACGCUGCUAUGUUGCAAUUUGAGCAAUUAAUCAACAAUAAGUACUUCCUGCUGAUGUUCAUUGAGACGCUGGAGUCACAGAAGUCCUUCAACAUUCGUGAUAAAGUGAACGUAGCUUCACUCCUGAUGAUUGUGCUGAUGAACAAGAUGCCGUACGCCACGGACAUCCUCAAGUGUCUCCUGCUGAGGCUCAUUGAUAAGUCCGUGACGUCAAAGCAUCCUCAACUCAUGCUCCGCCGAACGGACAGUGUGGUUGAGAAGAUGUUGACGAACUACAUGGCGCUCUGUAUGUAUGACUACCUGAAGGAGUACGCGGGAUCGUCGCUGUUCCUUCUCUACAAGGCCAUAAAGCAUCAGAUCGAGAAAGGUCUGGUAGAUGCAAUCACCCACGACGCGAGGUACUCGCUGUCGGAAGAGAAGCUGCUGCGUGAGCAAAUUGAACAUCACGCGGUGACACUGCACAUUGUUCAGGAUGACUUGGAUGAGAAGGUGCACUGCAAGGUGCUGGAUUGUGAUACCAUCACUCAAGUCAAGUCUAAAAUUCUCGAUGCACUGUUCAAGAAUACAGCGUAUUCUAUGCGACCGUCAGUGCAUGAAAUUGAUCUGGAGUGGCGUCACGGACGAGGUGGCCAUUUGACGCUCCAAGAUGAAGACCUCACGACAAAGACACACAAUGGGUGGAAGAGACUCAACACGCUAGCGCACUAUGGAGUUAAAGAGUCCGCGGUGAUGUCACUGAUUGCUCGUCAGAAUGAGAACUACAACAAACAACAGCCAUACCUGAAUUGUUUCUACAUUAAUAACACCCAGUCUCACAUCAUCAUAAAUGCCGACAUUGACUCAGAACUUCAUCCGCCAAGAGUGUAUCACUUGGUGAAGCCUUUGAUGAGUGACCAUCAGUUGAAUGUAAAGAAUGCCCACUUGUCGACCCUGGAGAGGACGCACAAGGCCAUUCCUGAGAUUUUCCUCACCAGACUGUUGGCCACGAAGGGAACAAUCCAGAAGUUUGUCGACGAUUUCUUUGCCACGAUUCUCACAGUAAAUGAGGAACUUCCGCCGGCCGUUAAAUGGCUUUUCGAUCUGUUGGAUGAAGCUGCUCGGCGGCAUGGAAUCUCGGAUCCGGAAGUGGUGCACGCGUGGAAAUCCAACUCGCUACCCUUGCGUUUCUGGGUGAACUUCAUCAAGAAUCCAGAUUUUAUAUUCGACAUCGACAAGACACCCACAGUGGAUGCCAGUUUGAGCGUCAUUGCACAGACUUUUAUGGAUGCCUGCUCGACGACUGAGCAUCGCUUGGGUAAGGACUCGCCAUCAAAUAAACUCCUUUUCGCGAAGGACAUCCCGCAGUAUCGUGAGAUGGUGAAGGUGUUUUACCGCGAAGUUGGGAGAUUACCACAGAUCAGUGAUCAGGAGAUGGGCACAGCCAUGCAAGAGCUAUCUGUGCAGCAGAACGAUGAAUUCGACACCAUAGCCGCUCUUAAGGAACUAUAUAUCUACGUGACGAAGUAUCGUGAUCAGAUAUUGGACACACUCGACAUGGAUCCCUACUGCAAGAAGAUGCACUUGGCUCACAAGCUGGAAAAUGUUGCCUGCACACUCGAGGCCGGACUAUCGAGUCUCCCGAGGCCACAUUAACGUUCAGUUGGAAGUCUUCCGCGAAUUGAUCUCAACCGAAUGAGGCAGUUGGGCAGUAUCAAUUGCAGAAAGUAUGCCACACUUAAGAACUCAAUGCUGACAAUGGGACAGUGCAACGAUUCCGGCGAAGCGUCCACAUCUCGGAGAUGACAGAAGGUCUUCGAGUAGAGGACCAUAUUUUAUACAUUCUACACACGGGACAAGAAGGAAGCGUUCAAAUCACACUCCUUUGAUUUGAAUAUCAUUACGAUUGAUGGUGUAUUUUCCCCCCUCCUCAAGAGAAUAGCUUACAGCUUACACAUUAAGAAACUCAUUUACAAUUACAAUCAACUAUGGAUAGUUAACAUUGAUAUGUAUAUUAUAUUAGUAUUUCACGCGAGAUGACUUUUUAAGGUAUGAAAUGACGCAUUUUCGUUGGCUAAAUGGCGAAUGAGAAAUCAGUACUUAAUGAUAAAUUGUAGAAUGCAUUUAUCACAAAUUGUAAUAUUUGUAUAAAUUAGAUGUUCGAAAUGCUUAAAGUGCUUCGUACGUAGAGUGAGAGAUUACAACAAAUUCCUUCCGAUACACAACGGAAAAAUAGACAGACUCCGACUAAAUUAUGUCAAGACUGAUUAUUUCCAUCGUAAAUUCCUUCUUUUAUGAAGACUUUAAAGAAAAGAAAACAACACUGGCACCAUUAAAUCACAAAACUGGAGAACUGCCCUGAAUUUUAGUGCUCUCUAUACCUAUAUUGCUGUGCAUUUUUUCUCUUAAACUUUAGGGAGUAAAGAUAUGAUUUUUAUCUCGUUCUAUUUAAUAGUGUUAUAUUUAUUUUAUACGCGCACAUUCUACUUGUGCAAACAACAGUGAAGAAGAAUUGUUAGCGUCCACGCAAGAGAAAAAAUCGUAAUGGUAUUCCUAAAUCAGAUUUUUGUGAAAAGGUUUUUGCCACAUAAGAAUGCGCAAAACAAAUGGACAUAAUUGUGGAUGAAUUUCAUGCGAGUCCAAUUGCUGAAUUGAUUAGUGUUGAAUGGAGAAGAAAAUAAGGGAAAAUACAGAUGAAAUUAUUAUAAGGAUUAUAAAGAAAAAAUCAUUAUUACUAUACAUUCCUAGUCGCAAUAUUUAUAAGGAAAAAAAGAAUUAUAUAUAUAUAUAUUAAAUGUGAGAUAUUGUGAGUUGUUUUUAAUAAUUACUACUAUAAAGCAGUGAAUGGAGAAGUAAAAGCUAGACAUUACAAUGUUUUAGUAAUCAACUUAUUCAUGGAAAAUUAAGAGGAGUGGAGAAACAAGGAAGGAAAUCGUAAUUAUGAUAGUAAAGAAUAAUGAAUACGUACAUUAGCGAUUUUUAGAGUUUAGCGAUAUGAUAAUGUAUGAAUAUUUUACACUUUAGAUUUUUACAUCGAAUUUCAGUUUCUUUUUCUGGAGAACAAGAGCAAGAACAACUUACUAUACGUAUAAUCCCAAUAUUACACAUUUAAUUAAACACUAAUGCAAUUUCAUCCUCAUUAUAAGACAACAAAAUAUUUAUGUUUAAUUAUGCAAAUGAUCUGACUUCGAUAGACACACGCGGAGAUGCAAUAGUAUUUUGAAAUAUUUCUUUUGUAAAUAUUUCCCAUUAUUAUAUGUGUGUUUUUUUUCUCUUCUAUUAUAAUAAUUUCAUCCCAGUAACAUUAGCCUACAGCAUUUUAUUUCUCUCUAUACCAUAUGUGGUCAAUUUGUAUUGAAAAGACAGAGACGUUUCAAUGUUGAAAGUCUCAUAAAGUGAGAAGUAACACGAAAAAGUACACACAAACACUUUUGCAAGACUCAAUGAGGUGGAUUGCAAGAACAUGUGAGAUGAGCAUAGGCUUAGACGGUAGAAAAGUUGAUAAUAAUUGAUAAAAAAAAAGUGAAGAGAACACUAAUUAAUGAAAAUUUACUAAUUAAAAUAGGACACAAAAAAUCGAAAAAACGACGUGAAGAGAAAACAUACAAUUUUAGGAACACGACAAGUGAAAUGAUUGUCCACCUUAUAGAUAACAAGUCUUUUUAUUUUCGAAGGAAGAAUUCAUAGUGUAAAUACUUUUUCUGAGAAUAUAAUUAUUUUCAAAUCGA